AUGUAUGCCACAAGAGUUCUUCGACAGGCUGCGGUCCACGCCGAGCGCACGCCUCUAAUUCGAUUCCUUGGACCUCGAUCCAUCCCUUCUUCAAUCGACCACACUCCCCAGCCUCACCCUGCCUCCCCCUCAGGCAAGCUCCCCGAGGACUUUUCGGCCUACGGCCGCGGUGAUGCUGCUUCCACCCACUCUUCCUUCGGCGCCUACCGUGACCACGCUCAACAGCACGGUCCUCUCCAGAGGACCAUUGGCUCUGACGCUGGCAUUGGCGGCUCCUCUGGCUACAAGCUGGGCUCUGUCCUGGCCCCCAAGGGCGUUGCUUUCGACGUCUCCGAGCUCCCUGCCCGCUUCCGCCGCCAGCCUAUCGACCUGAGCGAAAUUGAGGCCAUCGAGUCUGGCGGCGCUGCCAUCCUUGGUUAA